GUUUACAAUAUUUCACCGUGGUCUUUCGCCAUGACGCCAAGUCUCUUUCCAGACUUUCAAGGUAUAUAAGGUAGGCAGGCCCCUCGCUGGUUUUGGAAUGUAUAUACAACGCCUUCCUCGAAAAGCCAUAGCCUCUAAUCAAUAAUACUCAACAUGGCAGCGCUCCCCAAAACUUACAAGGCCUUCCGUCGUACGGUUGAUACCACUCCCACCACACUCGAGCAGACUACCGAGGAGAUUCCGGCAACACUCAGUCCAAAUGAUGUCCUAAUCAAGAUUCAUGCAGUAUCUUUGAACUACAGAGAUGUAGCAAUGAUGCAUGGCAAGUACCCAGUCGAGGUCAUAGAUCACGGGGUCCCCGCCAGUGAUUGCGCAGCAGAAGUCAUGAAAGUUGGUUCCAAUGUCCAUGACUUCAAAGUUGGGGACCGAGUUGCUCCAAUCUUUGACAACAAUAACUUCGACAGUACAAGAGAUGAAAAUUCAGUCUUGGGAGGUGAUAUCGACGGCGUUUUGCGAGAAUACGCCGUGUUCCAUCAGGACGUGCUAUUUCACCUUCCAAAGCAUCUUUCAUGGGAGGAGGCUUCAACUAUCACCUGCGCCGGUGUGACUGCAUGGAAUGCUCUAGAUAUGCCGAGAAACAAAGGCACCGCUCUUCUCCAAGGCACUGGCGGAGUAAGCUCUUUUGCAUUGUUAAUAUGCUUGGGCGCAGGUAUCAAACCCAUCAUUACUUCUUCCUCGGAUAAAAAGCUCGACAUCGCAAAAGCAGUUGGAGAAGCGGGCGAGGUCGAGACAAUCAACUAUCGAACGUAUCCCAAGUGGGAAGAAGAGGCCCUCAAGCUCACGAAUGGUCGCGGAGUUGACAUUGUGGUUGAUAAUGUGGGCCCGACACAAGCUGCUCAGAGUCUCACUGCUCUCGCAAGAAGGGGCGUGCUUUCUUUGGUUGGGUUUCUAGGCGGGUUCAAAGCGGAGCAGAUCCCAGAUUUGUUCUCUCCAACCCUGCAUAAAUCCUUGGUUAUAAGGGGAAUAGCGGUUGGCGACAAGAAAGACCACCAAGACCUUUGCGGCUUCUUAGAAUUGAAGAAAAUCAGUUUGAAAGGGAUUGUAGAUCCCGGCGUGUUUUCGUUCAAAGACUCUCAGGCUGCAUUUGACGCGCUCUAUGAUGGAACCAAGCACCAGGGUAAAAUUGUUAUUAGGAUCUAGGCUAAAGCUUGUUCUUCAUAAUAUGCUUAAGAGUGCUGUAGAUACAGUCGUGAGUUUCUCUGGAAAGUCAGUACUCUAAGUUGUCUUCACCAGACGAUGAUGACCACAGUCGUCAAACAAUUUCCAUUAGCCUAAAUCCCGGUCCAAUCGUCAUUCUUUAUUCCCUCCCUCUUUGCAAAGCUCGUCGCAGUCCCAUAGUUUUACUCAACUUCAAUGUCAUCUCAUGCUCUCAAACUCUUCUUUUAAGAUCAUGUUUCAUCAAAUUAAUAUCUAAGGUUAAUCGCAAGUGGAAAGAACUUUAGAAUUGAAAGAAAGAAUAAUAUUAUUAGAUUUUUUAAACUGAAUCUAAUUCAAUCCUA